AUGGCCCCGCGCGGUGCGCCCGCCCCGGCCUGGGUCAGCGCCAGGAACCCUAAGGGAGAGGCCGUCCCUAGUUGGGCCUCUCGGGCAAGCAGCAGGUCAGCCGCUGCCCCCACCCCCCGGCUGAGUGCAGACGUGUGUCGCACACACGUGCACACUCCCAGCUGGCGUUCCCCCUACGCCACAAGGACAAGCGUGAGAAUCGCUCACCAGCGGCUUCCACAGGCAGCGGUGGACGCGCGAGCACAAGAUGCAGGAUCCAGACUCAUCCUACUUGCCAGCCUGGUGGCUGUGAUGCUGCAGGAGGAGGGCACAGCCCUGGUGCUUCCGGGCUCUGUUAGUUUCAAAGGCAAGGAUCGGACCUCCGAGCAGGACACGAAGGAGACUUGGAGGGUCAGAGCAGUGGAACCUCUGGAGAAGGACUGGCUCAUGGGGUACCUCCCGGGACAAAAAGACCCUGCUGCCAGCACCACUGAUGAGAAGCUGCCAGGUGAUGAGGCCUGGGUAAAGAUCAAGGACAACGUGGCCCCAUUCUGGAACCCUCUUGAAGGUCCUGAGCCAGAACAAGACCACCCUUAUCACCCCACAGCCGAGGAGACACAGGGUGUGGAUGGACCCUGGCCAGUGGUCCUGCUGGCUCAUCAGAUUCUCCAGGGGCCAGAGGAGGACCGUGACCAUAUAUACCACCCUCAGGAGCCUUGA